AUGAAACGCUCAGUCUCUCCACCACCAGCAGUGUCCAAAAAACUGAAGCUCUCCGAGGGUUUCGAGGCGUACUACAAGCUGGACCCGAGGUACUACCCCAAUGCAAUUACGUGGCAGCAGGCCAAUGAGUUCAAUAACGGGAAGAGGGAAAAGCCCGCUGCUCUUCUAGACGAGCGUAUCAAGAAGCAGAAACUUCCUGCGAAAGCAGACAUAUCUGCCGUGGUCCACUGGUUCCGGACGGACCUGCGAGUUCGCGACAACGCGGCCCUCAGUAACGCCAUCAAGCUGCUCCGUGAGAUCAGAGGCCAGAAAAAGGACGCGCAGCUGAUUGCGCUGUACACCAUCAACGAGCAUGACUGGAGGGCACACUUGGAUAGCGGCUGGAAGCUCACGUUUGCGCUAAACGCGCUUGAGAGCCUCAGGGAAAUGUUGAAACAGAUGAACGUCGCGCUGGUAGUGAGGAAGUUUGAGUCCAAAAAGCCACUACUAUCGCGCUCCAGUGAAUUCGUGGACUGGGUCAAAGAGCAGUGUGUGUCGCUCGCUCAGGGGAACGUGCUAGUCACAGCUAAUGCACAGUACGAAACAGACGAGCUAUAUAGGGACCUGAAGCUCUUCGACAAGCAGGACGAGCAAUUUCGUUUCCAAGUGUACCACGACCAGUGCAUCGUACAGCCCGGGUCCCUGACUACCGGUAAGGGUUCACAAUACACAGUAUUUACGCCUUGGUACAAGAGGUGGGUCGAAUACCUCAAAUCUCACAAGCAAGGCAAGGAGGCGAUCAAGAUCCACGCCGUUGACCAGGAAAGCAAAGUCAACGAGAGCCUCGCCAAGUUCGAGUCUGAAGCUUACGAGUUAUCGGACGAGUUCCUGGCAUACUUGCCCUGCGAUAAGCUGGAGGUGCCCCCUGCCACGGAAGCCGAUGCGCACGAGCUGCUACAAGAAUUCAUCAGCAGUGGUAACGCACACAAAUACAACGAGAAGAAAGAUACUCUUUCCCUCGACAGCACGUCCCAUUUGAGUUGCUAUAUCACCAGUGGCCUGAUAAGCACACGAGAAGUGGUUAACAGGGCUUUCCACGAGAACGGUGACAGCCUGAUGCGCCGAGACAUCAAGCAGAACAACUCGGUGGAGAACUUCAUCAAGGAAGUCGCUUGGAGGGAUUUCUACAAGCACGUAAUGUGCAACUGGCCCUACAUGUCUAUGGAAAUCGCGAUAAAGUUCGAAACCAUGGAUAUCAAGUGGGAGAACGACGAGGAAAAGUUUAGCAAGUGGUGCUUAGGCGAGACAGGGCUGCCUGUCGUGGACGCUAUUAUGCGUAAGCUUUUGUACACGGGCUACAUCAGUAACCGGUGCCGAAUGAUUGUGGCGUCGUUUUUGUCUAAAAACCUGCUGGUGGACUGGCGCUGGGGCGAGCGCUGGUUCCGCAAGCACCUGCUGGAUGCGGACCUGGCCUCGAACGCGGGUGGCUGGGGGUUCUGCUCCAGCACAGGCAUCGACGCGCAGCCGUACUUUCGGAUUUUCAACAUGAAGCUGCAGUGUGAGAGAUACGACCCAGACGGCAAGUUCGUCAAGAUGUGGGUGCCCGAGUUGAAGGACGCGGACAACGUACGCAUUAUCAGAGAGGGCCGGAGUGAGAAAGACGCAGUGGACGGGUACCCGUCGCCCAUCGUGGAUCUGAAAGACAGUAGGGAGAGAGCACUGGAGGCGUUCAGAGAGGCCCUGUAA